AUGGCGCCAUGUCAAGCAAUGGUGCAAAUAAUACCAGGCGUGGUCCUGCCAAUUAGGAUAUUUGUUAACCGCAAGCAAAUUGCUAAGAACAUUCAAGAGUCUCAAUCGUCGUUUGAAACGCCUUUGUUAUCAAAUAACUCCAUCAUCAGAUUGAGAUCUCCACUUGUGCGACUUUACCUCUCAAACGCCGAUUCAAGGAGCCUCUGUCAAGAGAUCAGACAUGACUUAACGCUCAUCUUGUUUGAGCUUACAGCGAGGGAAGUCCAUGAGGAAGUAGUGGGGAAGCUCAAGAUCGGCAACCUUGUCAAAUUCGAAGAAGUUUUUGAAAGAGUGCCAGCACUGAAAUCUACGAUCGGCCUGGACAUCAAGAGCUGUCACUUGCAGACCCUUGAACGUGUUGCCAAAUAUCAGUACAAACUGCGUUAUGAUCAUAAUUGGGGCUUGGACAUUUUCAUCACAGACAUAAGGAAGCUCACAAGAAUACGGAACACUCUGUUACUACGCCUGUUAUCGUCCCAUUCCUGGAGCGAACGCUCUACCGAUUUACCUCAAGUGGGUAUAUCGGGAAUGAAUUUCCUCAGGCGAAUCCGAGAAGAAGUUGUACAGGGUGAACCAGAAGUUCUACAGGAACUUGAUGAUGAUGAGUUUUUGCUAAGUAGCGAAACGCCGGUCGCACCAAUUAUGUCUGGACCCGAAAAAUCCUCUUCUCAAGAGAAAAAACCGCAAUUCAAAUUUGCUCACCAGCAGCUACAAAGCCUUGGCAAUUGUAUCGAAAUACAUGUGCUCAGGAGACCCAAGCGUGUUCGUAGCACUGAAACUUGA